AUGGCCUCGCGAACAAACCCCAGAUCCGCUCUGGGCCUGCUGGCCAGGACAAAGCAAUUCGUCCAGAUACCCAAGAAUGCGACCACAACCUCCCGCAACGUCGCCCGACAGCUUCACACUCGGACGAGACCCGCGGCCCCCAUCCUAUCGGCGACGACAAGGCCAAGGUUAUCAUCCCGAGCCACGACUCCCGCGCUCGCGGGCGCACUCCUUCGUCCCCAGGGCGCCCGCACAAUCUUCAUCCAAACCGAGCCGACCCCCAACGCCGACGCCGUCAAGUUCGUCCCCAACCACCGCGUGAUCCCCGAGUCCAUCAACGUCCCGUACAUCGAGUACCUCAACCCCCGGAGUACCAUCUCCCCUCCCUACCCCUCGCCGCUGGCCGCGAACCUGAUGAACGUCGAGGGUGUGACGUCGGUCUUCUACGGCACCGACUUCAUCACGAUCACGAAGGACCCCGACGCGAACUGGGCGCAUAUCCGACCGGAGGUGUUUGCGCUCAUCACCGAGGCCGUGACGUCCGGACAGACUCUCGUCAACACCGUAGAGGGCAAGGAUGGUGCUAGCGCCGCCGAGGAGGAUAGCCUCGCCUAUGACGAGAACGACAGCGAGGUCGUGGGGAUGAUUAAGGAGCUCUUGGACACUAGGAUAAGGCCGGCGAUCCAGGAGGAUGGUGGCGAUAUCGAGUAUCGUGGGUUCGAGGACGGGUAUGUCUCUUUGAAGCUGCGUGGGGCUUGUCGGACGUGCGACUCGAGUACUGUUACGCUCAAGAACGGAAUUGAGGGCAUGCUUAUGCAUUAUAUUGAGGAGGUCAAGGGUGUACAUCAGAUCCUCGACCCCGAGGAGGAGAUUUCCAUGCAUGAAUUUGCCAAGUUUGAGGAGAAGCUCAGGAACCAGCGGGGCUCCCAGGAAUAA